CGUGCCCUACGCCCAUACCAGAUCAGCGAUGAGUGCCACAUACGGGACAGAUGCAAAUGCGGGCUUUGAACCUUACGAAUUUGGCGAGUUUGGUGGACAAAGCGAUGAAGCUGAAUUUUUGAAGGGCACGGGAAGAGGGACGGCGGGUUUUGCGGGGGACUUGAGUUCCCCAACUGUCUCUAUUCCGGUAUCUGGGAACAUGGGCCCCGCUGGGAAUGGGCCGACACCUACCUUAGAUACGCUCGACGAACCGGUGUCAGCUACUAUUCUUAGAGACCUUCGUAGCAUUUGGGGAAAACUGCGACAAGUGCUGUUACCGAAACAAGACAGCAAAAACAUUUUGAGAGAUUGGGAUCUAUGGGGACCGCUCCUUUUGUGUCUCGCUCUCUCAAUACGAUUGACUAUCAAAGCGCCACAAGAUCAAAUACCCCAGGUCUUCACUGCUAUUUUUGUGAUUGUUUGGUGUGGUGCGGCCGUUGUCACGUUGAACUCCAAACUACUCGGAGGAACCAUGUCCUUUUUUCAAAGUGUCUGUGUCCUCGGCUACUGCAUAUUUCCCCUCGUUAUUGCCGCUAUUAUCAGCCUUUUUGUGCCACUGAUUGGCCGCGUUGUAUUAGUCAGCGUCGCAUUCGCGUGGUCUGUAUAUGCUUCGGUUAGCUUUCUCUCAGAUGUCAGUCUAAACCAACGAAGAGCAUUGGCAUUGUACCCAAUGUGCCUUUUUUAUUUUGUCAUUGGAUGGAUGGUUUUGAUUUCAAAGUCCUUUUGGGAAUCGGCGCCAUAUGAUGGCACUCCUUAAAUUGCUUGAAACAAUCAAUAAGGGCUUUUUCUAAAGAUCUCUUCGAGUCACAUAUCCUAUCAAUAUAAUGCAUUGUAAUGCCGCUAUCUGUGAUUGCCUGUGAAAAUAGCUCGAGUUGGCG